AUGUCCAUUGAAAAGAUCCAUGCCCGGGAGAUCCUGGAUUCCCGUGGGAAUCCCACCGUUGAGGUGGAUUUGUACACAGAAAAAGGCAUGUUCCGUGCUGCAGUCCCUAGCGGUGCUUCCACUGGCAUCUACGAAGCUCUGGAGCUGCGAGACAAUGACAAGUUCAGAUUCCUUGGAAAAGGGGUCCUGCAGGCCGUGGAUCAUAUCAACAGCACUAUCGCCCCAGCUCUCCUGGGCUCUGGCCUCUCUGUUGUGGAUCAAGAGAAGAUAGACAACCUCAUGCUAGAGAUGGAUGGGACAGAAAAUAAAUCUAAAUUUGGAGCCAAUGCCAUCCUGGGGGUCUCUCUGGCUGUGUGCAAGGCAGGUGCUGCGGAGAAGGAUGUGCCCCUGUAUCGACACAUCGCUGACCUGGCUGGGAACUCCGACCUCAUCCUGCCCGUGCCCGCCUUCAAUGUGAUCAACGGAGGCUCCCACGCAGGAAACAAGCUGGCCAUGCAGGAGUUCAUGAUCCUGCCCGUGGGGGCUGAAAACUUCCGGGAUGCCAUGCGCAUUGGAGCCGAGGUCUACCACAACCUCAAGAGCGUCAUCAAGGAAAAGUAUGGGAAGGAUGCCACCAAUGUGGGUGAUGAGGGCGGCUUUGCCCCCAACAUCCUGGAGAACAGCGAAGCUCUGGAACUCCUCAAGGAAGCCAUCGACAAAGCCAGCUACACUGAGAAGAUUGUCAUUGGCAUGGAUGUGGCAGCAUCUGAGUUCUACCGCGAUGGCAAAUAUGAUUUGGACUUCAAAUCCCCCGAUGACCCCAGCCGCUACAUCUCUGCCGACGAGCUGGGUGACCUCUACCAAAGCUUUGUUCGCGAUUACCCAGUGGUCUCCAUUGAGGAUCCUUUUGAUCAGGAUGACUGGGAGGCCUGGUCCAAGUUCACAGCCAAUGUGGGGAUUCAGAUUGUGGGGGAUGACCUGACAGUGACCAACCCCAAGCGCAUCGAGCGAGCUGUUGAGGAAAAAGCCUGCAACUGCCUCCUGCUCAAAGUCAACCAGAUUGGAUCAGUUACUGAAGCCAUUCAAGCCUGUAAGUUGGCCCAGGAGAAUGGCUGGGGAGUGAUGGUGAGUCACCGAUCUGGGGAGACUGAAGACACCUUCAUUGCUGACCUGGUUGUGGGCCUGUGUACUGGGCAGAUAAAGACAGGAGCCCCCUGCAGGUCUGAGCGACUGGCCAAAUACAACCAGCUCAUGAGGAUUGAGGAAGAGCUUGGGGAUGAAGCUCGCUUCGCUGGACACAACUUUCGUAACCCAAGUGUCCUUUGA